CAAACGCCAGCGUUAUUUUUUCGGGCUGUGCACGCGGGGCAGGUCGCCGGCUCCCGACGCCAUCCCGGCCGCCUCCUGGCUGCGGCACAGCCGAGCGCGACCCGAAGCCGGCGCUAAUCCGGCGCGAGCCCCGUCCAAAGGGCCAGAAAAAGCCCUUUUUACAACUAAAACUGGCGAACGGAGGAGAGGAAGGUCGGCGCGUUCUUCCUACUCGACGCCAAGCGAGCGCGGGAUGUCGCGCGCGCCCCUCCGGCGGCGCCAGGGAGGUUUGGUGCGUGUUUUUGGGGCGUUUCUUUGCAUGUUUUUGGGGCGUUUGGCUUCAGAAGGGGGAGCCAAGGGAUUUCUUCCGAUAACCUCAGCCCCGGCACCCGGCCACCCUCCACGCAAAUACCCUUCUGACGAGCGGGGCUGGGAAAUGCUCGGUUUGGGUUUGUUUUUCUUUUUUCCGUCGUGUUUUUGGUGUUCCCCCCCCUUCCCUCCGCUCGGAUCUGCUCCGCAGCUGUGGGCUGGGCAGGGCUUAAAGGCGCAGGGAGCGGGGCUCCCGAACGAGGCUGCUAAUAAACUCCGAGCUAACGAAGAGACGCGAGCCAGCUCCCUCAGCACAAAAAGAGACGAGGAACGAGCGGGGAACUCGCUCCCGCGGCGCGGGACAAACGCCCCGUGGUUGGCCGCGGGUUGGGAUUCCCAACGCUCCCGGUGCUCCGGGGCUCCGCGCGCCCACCUCCCUUCGUGGCGACCGAAUUCCCCCCAGGGCCGCGUGCCGACACGCCGCCCGAUCGAUUCCUGCCCGCGUCGCCUCUCGCCUGCCACCUCCAGGGGGAAACGAGGGCGCGGGGCCGCGGGGCGAGGAGCGCGGCGCAGUCCUUCACCCGACGCGGCGGCACCGCACGCGCAAACCCCGCUGCGAACGCUUGCGGCGGUGCGCCAGGACCCAGCACCAGGGCAGGAGUCACGCCGUGACCGUGUCCAUGAUUUGGGAGCGCACCACGACCGUGUCCGUGACUUGGGAGGACGUCACGACCGUGUCCAUGGUUUGGGGGCACACCACGACCGGGUCCGUGAUUUGGGGGCUCGCCGCGAUCGCCUCCACGGUUGGGGAAAGCCAACCUGGUUGGGGAGAGCCAGCAGGAGGGAGGAAUUCCCAAAUUUUUGUGGCUUGUGAAUCGGGGAUUCGGCCCCACGCGGGCUCGUUUCUGAGCGGCUGAUUCACCAACAACCAAACCCGUGCAAAAACCAGCGAGAGCCUUAUCGGGCAUCCAUGAGCGUGAGGCACUGACGUGACGCCGGCGCGCUGCGGGGCAAGAGAAACACCGCGGCCGGCCCGCGUUUGGAGCAGGGAGCGCUCGGCUCCUGCGCAGGGGAGGCUCCGUCCACGCGGUCCUGCUGCGGGCACCGCGUCCCCUCUGCAUCCUCUCCCCCUCUUACUCCCGUGUGCCGAUGCGCGGCCCGGAGGCGUGGUUUUACGCAGAGUAAACACACCGGGGGGCAUCGAAAGCCAUCGUUAGGUCGAGCCCAGAACAUCCAAAUUGGGGAUUCUCCACCGAAAAUCCCCUGCCAACGCCAAGCCAAGAAGUUACGGAAAUGGUAACGGAGCUGGAUGCGGCGACACCACGGCCCCGGCACCAACCCCAGCCGCGCUCCUCCAGAGCGGGGCUCCUCGAUCAAAUCCCGAAUUUCUUCCUUAAAAACCGCCCUGCUUCUCCUUACGUCUUCCAGCCCCUGAAGGUUCAUCCAUCCCCUGCCCCUCGCGCCGCGUCCCGGUGAAGGAACGCGGAAUCUCAGCGGCACACCGGCACGCUCGGCCACCGGGGAGGACUUUACACCUCGAGACGCCUUCGAACUUUACUCCCUGCACCGCCCGGCGAGGAGAGGCGAGGGGCGCCGCGUGGCGCCGCCACCAAGCUGGAAGCCCGGAGCCUCUUCCCUCGCUCGAUCGCGGCGCCGCGGGUGGAAUCCGAGGCUGAACCACGAGCAGGGCGGUUCGGAGCUGAAGGCACCUCGGCCGCAGCGCCUGGUGCUGAUCUCAGACCCCCAAAUCCCCCGAGGACGGGUUGUGUGCCCCGACAACGCGGCCACCUCGAGCGGAACUCGCGCCGGUUACGCCAAUUCUCAGCGUUUUAGGACGGGAUGCGGCCCCCGGGUUGCUCCCCGGCUGGACGCCCCCCUCCCCGGUUAGCAGAAGCGCCGCAGCCGCGUGCCGAGGUGCCUGGUGGGGACGCCCCGUGCCAUCGGCGGCUCUGACUGGGUUCAUUCCGCGCUCGCUCCUGGGCCACCUUCAGGCUUUUCGGCGACGCAGCCACGCGGGACGCCGGCGGAUCCUCGGAGCGCCCGCAGCGCUCGGCUCCUCCGCAUCUCGUCUUCCUGACGGCGCUGCGCCGCGAGCUCUCGCUUCUGGACCCGGCCAGCGACUCGAGGAGUUUCUCUGGCACAUGGCAAAGGCGCGCUCCCGGGGGACAGAGUCCCCGCUCCUCGCUCCGCAGACGUUUUCGCGGCACUCCAGCGCGGUUCCCGUCCCCGGCACCGGUUCCGGGUUUCUCUCCCAGUUCCGGGGGGUCUCUGAGGUUUGCUUGUGGCCCUCCAGCUCCCGCAGGCGUCCUCGCGGGUGGCAGCACGCCGGGACCAUCGAUGCGAGGUUCAGGACGUAGGAACGCGCGGGCAGCGCUUGUCCUGAACCCCCCCAUGUUGCCCGCUCCUUUUACCACUUCUAUCGUUGCUAUUAUUCUAUUUUUGGGACCGCAGUGAGAUUUUCUCUGUCGGGGGAGACUCCGGAGCCACGGAACAGGGACAGAGCCCUGCAGCAGGUCGCGGCGGUGCUGUGGGGCUCCUCGGGCUCCCCGCACCGUCCCGCCGAGCUCUCGACAGUGGCGCUGGAAGCGCUCCCUCCCCGCGGCGCCUGCGGGAACCCUGCCGGGACCCGAGGAAAUCUCCAGCUCAACGCGGGCGCUGCAGGGACGCCGCGUCCUCCGCCAGGAACCCACCCGCCGCGCGCUGCCCCGCACGCAGCCCCCCGAGGGCGCGCGCUGGCUUCCCCGCGGCGCUGAUAAAUAUUUGAAACGUAAACAGCCGCGCGCGUGGUGGCUUUUUUUUUUUUUUAUUCGCUAACAGAAAUUUAAAAAAGGAAACGGGGCAGAUUCUGAACAUACCAACGGCGAGCGUCUAUUUUUAACGGCCGGCUCCCGAGCGGCGUGCCCGCGCGCUGCCAGCGGCCUCGGAACCGGGCGCGCUCGGAUCUCGAGGAACCGGGCGCGAUUGGUGGUGCCUCCAGGAGCCCCCUGCCCCCCGGCGGGUCAAUCGCGCGUUUUCGGAGGCCGUCGGCUACGAGCAGGGCGUGAGGGCCCUACGGGAUGCACAGAGCCGCGAUGCCAAGCGGGGAAGGAGAGGCGUCGACGUCGCUUUUGCGCGGCGCCAUUGUCCUCUGACGGCCGGCAGGACCGGGGCGCGCGGGGCGAGAAGCCCCAGGUAACGCGCGGCGCUGCCGAGCCGGGAGCUCGGCUCCCGCUCCUCCCGUGCCGGAGUCGUUGCGCCCAUUGCACAGAGCGCGGCGCUCGCAGGGCUGCAGCCAGGAGGAACGUGGGUUCCCAGCUCCGAUUUCUCCCGGCUCUGCUCCGAUUCAGGCUCCCAGCUCCAAUUUAGGCUCCUUGCUCCAAUUCAGGCUCCCCGCUCCGACUCAGGCUCCCAGCUCCACUCCGAUUCAGGUCCCCAGCUCCGCUCCGAUUCAGGCUCCCCACUCCGAUUUAGGUCCCCAGAUCUGCUCCGAUUCAGGCUCCCCGCUCCGAUCCAAUUCAGGUCCCCAGCUCUGCUCUGAUUCAGGCUCC